AUGCAAAUGAACGCUCGAGAUGGGAUUCAAAUGAAUAAGGCUCCUGGCCGGAAUAGAAUAUUGAUGUUAUCCAUAACCAGACCAGUUAUCUGCCGACGUUGUGUGGUUAUCAAUAUGGCCAAUGUUCCAAUCCACAGCACAGCCACAUCCGCACACCAGCUGAGAUACAAAGAGCCACACUCGCAUAUUGUAUCUGCAUUUAUGAAAAUGCAAAGUGCGGGUGGGGAAACGCCAGCUGAAACUAUCAAAAUGCAUGCCAAGAGGCAAACAACAAAACCAGGCAACACGAGCUGCCGCAACAUGGCAAACAUGAAACCGAAACCGAAAACUGUAACUAAAACUGCGGCCAAAAUCACCUCCUGUGCCACCCACUCGAAUGCCAAAACGGGAAGCAAAAAGCGAGAACGGGCCAAAUUUGCAUGCAUAUUUACAAACUUUCGUUCGGAAAAGCCAGAAUAA